GCUCGCCGCCGUCGUCCAGAGCAAAAACCGCGAGCGGAAGCCCUGCCCGUCAGACUCCGGCGGCCGCGGCCAUGAAGCUCGUCCACCGCAACCUCACCCGCAACGGGCCCGGCUCCGCCAAGCUGCUGCCGGAGGAGGAGGACGACCUGUGGCACGCGUACAACCUCAUAGCCGUCGGGGACACUCUGCAGGCCGUCACUGUCCGGAAAGUUCUGAGAGAUUCGGCUUCUGGAGGGCGUGACGCGGAGCGCGUGAAGCUCAAGUUGGAAAUUGAAGUUGAGUCUGUAGAUUAUGACAACGAGGGGAAUGUUUUACGCGUACGUGGAAAAAAUAUUACUGAGAAUGAUCAUGUGAAGAUUGGCCAGUUUCAUACUUUAGAGCUUGAGCUGAAGAGACCUUUUGUUCUGCGAAAGGAAAAUUGGGAUUGGUUAGCACUAGAUACCAUCCAACAAGCAUGUGAUCCUACUGCAAGUGCUGAUCUAGCAGUUAUUCUCAUGCAAGAAGGACUUGCCCACGUAUUCCUCAUUGGGAAAAGCAUAACAGCAACCAGAGCACGUAUUGAAACAUCGAUACCUAGGAAACAUGGACCUGCCAUUGCUGGUUACGAAUCGGCCCUCAAGAAGUUCUUUGAGCAUGUUUUGCAAGCUUUGCUGAAGCACAUUGAUUUCGAGGUGGUCAAAUGUGUUGUGAUUGCAAGCCCAGGUUUUACUAAGGAUCAGUUUCGUGAUUACAUGCAUCUUGAAGCUGCACGGCGAGACUUAAGAGUAAUAGUUGAGAACAAAUCACGCAUUAUUCUUGCACAUGCACCUUCGGGUUACAAGCAUAGCUUGAAGGACGUUUUGGACAGCUCAGGUGUGAUGCCACUGAUAAAAGAUACAAAAGCGGCACAGGAGGUCCAAGCUUUGAAGGAGUUCUUCGCUAUGCUUAGUAAUGAUUCGGACCGAGCUUGUUAUGGACCUAAGCAUGUUGAGAUUGCAAAUGACCGGCUUGCAAUCCAGACUCUUCUAAUGACAGAUACUUUGUUUCGGAACACAGACAUUCGUACCAGGAAAAAGUAUGUGAACUUGGUUGAAUCAGUCAAGAAAUUUGGUGGUACGGUGUACAUAUUUUCUUCAAUGCAUGUCUCCGGCGAUCAAUUAGCGCAGCUGACAGGAAUAGCGGCCAUACUUCGUUUUCCCCUUCCAGAAUUGGAGGACAUCGAGAUGUGAUUAGUCCAUCCCUUCUGAGGCUCUUAACAGUUCUGUUUGUAUCGACCUGUCAACUAACUGAUAUCAUGUGUAACUGCACAGGAUUGAUUUUCUAUACUGUAGUAGGUAAUAUUAGAAAAAAAAUUAUGCCCCACUUUCAAGAUAUCGUAGUUGUACAUGGUUGUUGUGCCAUUAACGAUUGGUCAUUUUGUACUUACUGAUACAGGGUAUUUCUGUGAUUGUCCUUAAUAGUGAAUGCAUGCUGAGUUAA